GAGGGCCGGGGGGGGGCGCGGCCGCCAUGAGGCGAACGGGGCCGGGCCCGUGAGGGGCUCCCGGGGCUGCGAGCGCCAGGGAGCCGCAGCGCCUCGCUGGCCCCCGCCGGACCGGUGUAAAGUGGUAAUAACCCAUAAGGAGCCCGGGCAGCGGCCGUGCCCAUGAACGCGGCCUCAGGAGCCCCUCACGGGAGCAUCGCCCGGAGCCCGUCCGGUCCCUCAGGGCUCUUCCCGCCCCGUCCGCGGUGCUUCCCACGCUGCCCCUGAGGUCGGGCCCGUGCCCCGGCGACGAAUGACUUCCGAAAAAUCCACACUCGGGAUAGCCCACAGAACGUGCCUGAAGAGAAGCUCCUCCUGCCCUGCUUUUGAGCUUCCCUUUAACCCACGUCUCUUCCCCAGCAUCCCAGCAGGGAUGAAAGGAAAUUAUUACAAUCAAGGAGAGAUUCGUAAGAAAGAGCUGGAACAGAGUUGUUGUGUCCUGGGGAUUCCUGCUUCUGAUGUCACAGUCAUUGAUCACAGGGAUCUUCCGGAUGAUCCUGCUGUGGAGUGGGACACACAGCUCCUGGCCACCCUUGUCCUGAAGCACAUAGAAGCCAAGAACAUCAACCUGAACAUGUUGUGUGCCAUCUGGCAGUGGAGCAGGGGCUGCAGUUCCAGCAUGUCUGAAAGGAAGGAUUGCAAGGUGGUGACGUUUGAUGCAGGAGGAGUGAGUGGCCACGCCAACCACAUCUCUCUUCACUCUGCUGUCAGGUACCUGCAUUCAGAGGGGAAGUUACCUGAAGGGUGCCGUGUGCUCGUGCUGGAAUCAGUAAAUCUCUGCAGGAAAUACAUUUCCUUCCUGGAUGUCCUCAUUUCCUGCCUCCUGCCCACGGAUGCACUCUUCAUCCUCACAGAGGAGGAGACUGAACAAGCCAAGAGAGCCAUGCAGUGCCAUCGCAGCCAGCUCCUCUGGUUCCGCCGGCUCUACCUGCUCUUCUCUCGUUACCUGGUGGUCAAUUCCCUGCGCCUGCUCUGACAGGACAUCACUCACAGGAGCAAAGAGUGAGCAAAGCCACCACUGCCCCAGGCCCAGGACUCAGGAAAGCUCCUGUGUUAGGUGCUCAACAGGAUGGGGUGCUCUUUGUGUGGCAUUCUCCACACUACAAAACCCAGGCUGGGUGAACCUCCUAAAUAUCUUGUUGCCUGAUACAUUGAGAACAGGGUUAACAGCUAUUCUAUUUUCAUAGAAGCUUAAAUAAAAUGAGAAAUUUGGAUUAACUUUAAUUGGGAGCCAAGCUCUGGAGGAUUCUGCAUUGGAGAAGAUAUGGCACAAAUUGUUUCCCCAAGAAGAUAGAGCUGCAGGGACUGCUUGGCAACUCUCCCUUGGUGCUUGUGUAAGAUCCAGCUAUCAGGAGUAACUUUUCAAAGCUUAUGCUAUCUCCACAGAUAGCACAACCACAACACCUUUGUUAUUCAGUCAAAACUUUAAAAAGCCAGAGCUUUUGAAUAAAACAUCAGAAAUUCUACAAUUUUUACUAAUUGCA